UGUGCUUCUGAACAAUCUGAACACUUGAAUAGGCUGAACCAAACAAAACAAAAUUCUAUAUUUUACUCAUAAUUAAGUAGUUUUGACCACUAUGAAACCCACAUCCGACAUUGACUCGCUCCGAACCGAGCACGAAUCAGACGAGCAAUGGACGGUGCGGCGGAAUUUCAUGAUCGAACACAAAGACGAUUUUGGAGAAGAUGAGCUGGUCACGCUGGCGCAGCUGUUUACCAAUAUCGAGUUCCUCGGAUGCAGAUACCCUCCAGAGACCAUGAAGAGGAUAGCCAAGUUGUCAGAGAAGGUGGCGUCCAACUACAGAGACAGUCGUAAGAACAAGCUAAAGCGGACGUUUGUGCAGGCCAGCAGCGCUGCCGAACAGAAAGCUAAGAGAACUUUUAAAUAAAUAUUAGUUGGUUGUUUUCAGGUAAAAAGUACCACAUUGUUACUUUGGCAAAAUUAGCUUGUAUGCUUAUACAAAUUGACAACGUUUCAAAAUUUUCAAUGUCCCUAAAUCGAAAACCAUUUCGAGAUACAUAUACGCCUGCACGGGAAGCAUGGUCGCGCGAUAGACGAUAAAAUAGCAGGCCGUCCCUAUCG